AUGGCAUGCACAUCUCAACAAGACUUCAUUAAAGCAGCAAAAAUUGGGAACCAUAAGGAAAAUGAAGAACUUACGGCAGAGGGGAACACAAGUUGUUCAUCCUCCACUGAUGAUUCAUCACCUAUAAUGAGGCAUUUAAAGGGAUCAAAAGUAUCCACCAUUGAUGGCAUCGAUAUCUGGGACACAGCUGAUCUCCAUCAUGCUCCUACCUCGUUGCUUGCUUCCCAUGAGGCUGAUUACCCUCCUGUUCAUAACUUUCAAGACGCAAAAUAUAUAUGUUUUGUUGAGUCCAACAAGCUAUGGGCCAUUGCUGCUCCUAUUGCUUUCAACAUUUUGUGCAAUUAUGGGAUUAACUCAUUUACCAAUAUCUUUGUUGGCCAUAUUGGAGAUAUUGAGUUAUCUGCAGUUUCAAUUGCUUUAUCUGUCGUUUCAAAUUUCUCCUUUGGAUUCUUGCUUGGCAUGGGAAGCGCACUUGAGACGCUAUGUGGACAAGCAUUUGGCGCGGGGCAAGUACAAUUACUAGGUGUAUACAUGCAACGUUCAUGGAUAAUCCUUUUUGUUGCCUGCUUCCUCCUAAUGCCACUUUUCAUAUUGGCAACACCAAUCUUAAAGCUUCUUGGGCAACGAGAUGACAUUGCAGAACUUGCUGGGACAUAUACUAUUCAAGUAAUGCCUCAAAUGUUUUCAUUAGCCUUCAAUUUCCCAACCCAAAAAUUCUUGCAGGCACAAAGCAAAGUUGGUGUUCUAGCAUGGAUUGGUUUUGUAGCUUUGAUUGGGCACAUUGGUUUAUUGUUUCUGUUUAUACAUGUGUUUGAUUGGGGAACUGCUGGAGCUGCUGCUGCUUAUGACAUAUCAGCUUGGGGGAUAUCGAUUGGUCAGAUUAUUUAUGUGGUUGGUUGGUGUAAAGAUGGGUGGAAAGGAUUGUCUUGGUUGGCCUUUAAAGAUAUGUGGGGAUUUGUAAGACUGUCUAUAGCUUCAGCUGUUAUGCUUUGCCUUGAGUUUUGGUAUUUUAUGACCAUAAUUGUUCUCACUGGUCAUCUUGAUGAUCCAGUUAUCGCCGUUGGUUCUCUUUCUAUAUGUAUGAACAUCAAUGGGUGGGAAGGCGUGUUUUUUAUUGGAGUCAACGCAGCUAUAAGCGUACGGGUGUCUAAUGAGCUUGGAUCAGGACAUCCCAGAGCUGCAAAAUACUCUGUGGUUGUCACAGUCUUGCAAUCUCUUCUUGUUGGGAUUAUUGCUGCAACUAUUAUCAUGGCAACAAGACACCAGUUUUCCAUUAUCUUCACAGACAGCCAACAGAUGCAAAAAGCUGUGUCUAACUUAGCUUACCUACUUGGUAUAACCAUGGUGCUAAACAGUGUCCAGCCUGUUAUAUCUGGAGUUGCUGUGGGUGGAGGGUGGCAAGCUUUGGUGGCUUAUAUAAACUUGUUUUGCUAUUACGUUGUUGGGCUCCCUCUUGGGUUUCUUCUCGGUUACAAGAUGGAAUAUGGAGUGCAGGGAAUUUGGGUUGGCAUGAUUUGUGGGACUUUUCUGCAGACAAUAAUCCUGGUGUACAUCAUUUACAAAACCAACUGGAAUAAGGAGGUUGAACAAACAUAUGAACGAAUGCGGAAUUUGGGAGGAUUGUAG